GCGUCAACGGUUAGCCUAGCUUCAAGUUAGCCUAGCGUCAACUAACGUUAGCCUAGCGUCAACGGUUAGCCUAGCUUCAAGUUAACCUAGCGUCAACUAACGUUAGCCUAGCGUCAACCUAGCGUCAACUAACGUUAGCCUAGCGUCAACGGCUAGCCGUUACUAAGGGGAUAGUCAGCUGAGCUAGUUGACGUUAUCCGGUAACUUGAGUUAAACCCCGUCAGUAGAUGAACACAUCGGUGCAGGGUGUUCCCGUUUAAAGAGAUUAUGGAGGACCCUCAUACCCGCUACAGCAAACGCCUGCGUACAGGGACGCGACGCCGCUACCAGGACGAUGGAAUCUCAGAUGAUGAAAUCGAAGGGAAACGUAUGUUCGACCUGGACGAGAAGUUGAAGUGCGUCAGAUUUAACUCUGACUUGAUCAAACUCAUGGAGGGUAAAGAUUUCACAUUUGAGUACAUCCAGAGGGAAGGGCUCAGGGACCCCAUUAUCUUUGAGACAACUGAUGGCCUUGGCAUACAAAUGCCAGACCGUGAUUUCAGUGUGAGUGAUGUCAAGUUGUUUGUUGGUAGUCGACGCAUUGUAGACGUGAUGGACGUGAACACCCAGAAGGGAAUCGAGAUGUCGAUGGCUCAGUGGCGACGCUACUAUGACACGCCACCAUCAGAAAGAGAAAAACUCUACAACGUUAUCAGCCUGGAGUUCAGCCAUACCAGGCUGGAGAAUCUGGUCAAACGUCCGGCUUCGGUGGACCUUAUAGACUGGGUGGACAACAUGUGGCCCCGCCAUCUCAAGGAGAGACAGAGAGACUCCACUAAUGCCAUCAUAGACAUGCAUUAUCCCAAAGUACAGAAGUACUGUCUCAUGAGUGUGCAGGGCUGCUUCACAGAUUUCCACAUUGACUUUGGAGGCACUUCAGUGUGGUACCACAUCCUGCGAGGAGGAAAGGUGUUCUGGCUGAUCCCACCCACACCACAGAACCUGGAGAUGUACGAGAACUGGGUUUUAUCAGGAAAACAAGGAGACAUCUUCUUGGGGGACAAGUGUUUUGACUGUCAGAGGAUAGAGCUCAAGCAAGGCAAUACCUUCAUAAUCCCAUCAGGGUGGAUUCAUGCUGUGUACACCCCAGAGGACACAUUGGUGUUCGGAGGGAAUUUCCUCCACAGCUUUAACAUCCCCAUGCAGCUCAACAUCUACAGCAUCGAGGAUCGCACACGGGUGCCAGCAAAGUUUCGCUACCCGUUCUACUUUGAGAUGUGCUGGUACGUCCUGGAGAGAUACCUUUACUGUCAGACCAACAUCUCCCACCUCACUCCUGAGUUCCAAAAAUACUCCCUAGGCAUAGGACUGACCCAGGCUGACCUUGAAAACAAUGACCACACCAAGAAUGACACCUCCAAUGGAGUUGUCAGUGACACUGAAAUCACAGAGGUCAAGAUCAAGGAAGAAGAAGAAGUCAAAGAAGAAAAAGAAGGGGCAGCUCAAGUUAUCACACCUCAGCACAUGCUGACUCCCUUUGAGCUGGAGGGACUGUGGAACCUCUUGGGGAAGUUGGAGGAGCUGCCAGACCAGAAAAAGUGUGUCCCUGAAGGCAUCAUGAAUCCCGCAGCCCUGCUUGAAGACAUGAGGACUCUUCUGAAGGAGCAUGCCAAUGAUAACCCCAAGCUGUCCUACACUGGAGAGCCCAUUGUCAAGUGGCCUGAAAGGCCGUCAUGGUACCAGCCCCCCACUCCCCCUCCCCCCAUCAUUUACCGUCCUCGCCCCACCCUCGACAAGUCUCUGGGUCAGAGGGUCAAACGCUACUCCAUCUCCGCCUUGAGGCGCAGACGAGUGAGGUGCAAGCGCUGUGCCGGCUGCUGCAGGAAGGAGUGCGGCACCUGCGCGUACUGCCACGACAUGAGGAAGUUCGGUGGGCCUGGACGCAUGAAGAAGGGCUGCCUCAUGAGACGGUGUAUAACGCCUGCCUUACCGAACACAGCGCGAUGCGCCAUAUGUGGAGAAGGGGAAUCAGAUGAAUCAAAUCCGAGCACUCACUCACUCAUGGAGUGCUCUGUCUGCUCGCAGAUUGUCCAUCGUCAAUGCAUUAAGGAACCUGGUGAGGGGAAGAUCAAUGAGGAUUUGCCCAGCUGCUGGGAAUGUCCUAAAUGUUACCAAGACAAAGACUCCGAGUCUUCCAGCGAUGAGGAAAGUGAAGAGUCGGAGGACUCUGCCUCCUUGCCACCGUCCAAGCUCGCCUACCGGGAAGGCAUUGGUGUAGGUGACGGGGUGAGACGAGGGACGCGUAGCAGAUCCUCAUCCCGACCCACAGCACCUCCACCUUCUCAGAAACUGUUACUGCAGCAUCAACAGAACCGCAAAAGAGCAAAUGCACUGGAGCUCAGACUUAAGAAGAGGAUAAAACUAGAGCGCAGCAAAAUCUUAACGAAGCAGUCGUCUCUAGAGCGUUCUCCCAGGCUGCUGCGCUCCAGGGUGCUGUCCCGGCUGCGCUCUCCAACCAGCAGACUAUCUCAGGGCAGAGGCCGAGGCUCCAGCUGGGCGAGUGGCUCCUCUUACCACAGCGCUCCAGGCGGGACUGGGUCUUUCCAGCAGCAGAAGCAGCAGCAGAAGCAGCAGCAGCAGCAGCAGUCUUCCCUUGGUCUGGUACUUGAGCCCAGAGGAGAGUCCCGCAGAGGGAGGGGGAGAGGGGUGAGGCUGCGAGGAGGAGCAGCAGGAAGAGGAAUCAGAGGUGGUAGAAGCCAUGUAGAGUUGGUGGAGAGCGAGGACAGCAGCAGCAGCAGUACCAACAGCAACAGCAGCAGCAGCAGCAGCAGCAGCAGCAGCAGCAGCGAGGAAGAGGAGAGAGGGCAGAACAGUGGGAGGGGAUUGGAUAAAGAGAACCAGCCACAGUCAAGGCGAGGAAGACGGGUAGCCAAAGAGAGAGAAGAGGAAGCGAGCGAGGUGGCCAACCAAAACGGUGCGGAGGAGGAAGAACAGGAGGAGAUGGAGCAGGACAGUGCAACGGGGGGCAAAGAUGGCUCAUAUAAAAUGACACUCCAAAGGCCAACCAGAGCCAAGCGGGACCCGUCAGCCAUUGUCCCCAAAUUAGAAGCUAUCGCCCCUCAAACUGCCACUUCCACAAUGCACAACCAGACCAGAGUCCUCGCCAGACCCCCCAUUAGAAAUCGCGCCCCCUGUCCUGAUCAACACUCCAAUAAGCACGCACCUCCACACACUCGUAGUAGACACACAGACACUCGCGCCUCCCACCCAGAGAGGCUGGAGGACGCUAAAAAAAACAGGCCGAGCAGGCCGGCUAAACUGAGCAAUGGCGCCUCCUCUUCUUCAACCUCCGAGCUUCCCCAUCUCCGCAUCCCUCUGUCUGCCCUGCAGGAAGGAGGCAGCGAGGCAGACAGGGAGAACGGUGGCAGCGGGCCAGGCUGUGAGAGGGAGGUGUGGGUAUCCGUCUUCCGUUACUUAAGUCGAGCAGAUCUCUGCGUCUGUAUGGCGGUCUGCAAGAACUGGUACAAAUGUGUGCUCGUUCGUAGGUGUUUAGACAAGCGGCUUUGGGCGCGGAUUGACCUGAGCAUCAAACGCACCGUUACUCCUCAGGCCCUAACAGGCAUCAUAAAGAGACAGCCGGUCACGCUUGAUCUCUCUUGGACCAACAUCUCUAAAAAACAGCUCAACUGGCUUGUUGGCCGCCUGCCUGGGCUGAAGGAUCUGAUGGUGGCAGGUUGUUCCUGGUUAUCUAUUUCAGCUCUCUGCUCCUCUGGUUGCCCUCUCCUCCGUUCUCUGGACCUGCGGUAUGCAGACGGGGUCAAAGACUCUCAGAUCAGGGAUCUCGUCACACCUCCAGGUUGUGACAAUCGCAGUCAGUUGCGGACAAUGCAGUGUUUGCGACUAGCAGGCCUGGAUAUCAGCGACUCCACUCUGCGCCUGGUGAUCCGCCACAUGCCCCAUUUAACAAAACUGGACCUCUCCCACUGCAACAGCCUCACCGACCACUCCAUCAACCUGCUGACUGCAGUGGGCUCGUCCACGCGAAACACGCUCACAGAGCUCAACCUGGGAGGUUGCAGUAAACUGACUGACACGUGUCUCAAGUAUCUCCGCCGCCUCGCCUGCAUCUCACUGCUCGACCUGCGAGGCUGUAAAGGUGUCUCCCGCAAGGCCUGCGAGUCCUUCAUCUCCGAGCUGUCCGUCAACACGCUCUACUGCCUAUCGGAUGAAAAACUGAUCCAGAGGAUAUCCUAAGCGCCUGCCUCUGACCGCAGAGGUGAUUUAAGGUGCAAAGGCAACAGAGCGGAUUCUGAUGUGAAUCUGAGUGACACAAAGGACGCAAACAGGAAGGGGUAGUUCACGUGCACCUGUAUCACGUUAAAAGCGGGGUGGGGUGGGGUCUAAACUGGUGUUGGUGAAAGGGGUUGUCACAGCUCAAACAAUGUUUCUUUUCAGCGAUUUAUCAUUUUUUUCCCUGUGUACCCUAAAAGGAGACUCGGCUUUCUGUUUUUCAGUUCUUUUGGGACAUAAUGUGGGUGCAAAAUGUCUUUUUAUCCAGAAGUGGGAGAACAUGGGCAAUUAAUUAUCUCUAUUAGACUGCACAUCCUUUGGAUAACCAAGUGCUCAACUCUUCUUUGGACAGACGCCGAUCUUGACUCUCAUUACAAACUCCUGCCUCGAGAAAAACUUUGAGUUUCAUCUUUGGGGUGCAUUGUUAUGUUUGACUGAUCCCCAUAAAGUCUUAUUUUAUCAUCUGAUUUAUCAUUUUAACUCAUUUGAUAUCAGCUACAUUUUGGGUGCUCUAGAAAGCUAUUUUUGUCAGAUUCAAGAGAGCAAAUGUUUAGAAGUUUGACGGCGUCUGCUUUAUGCACAACUAUCUGUCGAGUUUUAUUUUCAAAGACGACUAAAGGUGACAGGUCUUUAACAUCAUGACUUAUAAAGUGAGUGACUUUACAUGUGAUACAUGGACAUUGAGUGGAUGUGGUUGUAUAAAAGAGUAAAAAGAGAGUGUGAGAAGGCAAUCGACAUGUCAACACCUCACCCCAACAAAGGGCAGGUUGCAUUAAGUGUUGGGGGUAAACCCAGGGUUAGGUGUCAGAUAAAUGGUGCAUUUUCAAACAACCGUUAGACUUCAGGUGCUAUUAUUUCCAAACUUUUGCUUUGUUUUUGUACAGAGACAUUUAGAGCAAAAUGUUAAUAUUCUAGAUGAAACUGCUCCCCACCCCUCUUUGAUACACCUUUUUUCUUUUCAUGGAUGAAAAAUGUGAGUAUCUACUUUUCACUGAAUUUCACGACCUUGUCCAAUUCAAUGUACGAUUUUUGUUUUGGGGGGACUCGGGGGUUGCUCAUUUUCUUUGUUAGCUUAAAAGUGUAGUGGUUCUGUAUCAAAAAGGUCUCACUUCCAGACUGCUCUACUGGCCAUAUCCCUUCAAAAAUGAAUAUAAGUAUAUAAAUAUAUAUACUUUGGUGUAAAUGUGCUUUCCUCUUAUCAAAAAAAAAAGUCCUGUAGCAUUGUAAUUAUUUUCAGAAGCCUUUUUCCACUUUAUGUUAUGUGUUAUUUUUCAAGAAAAAUAAAAAAAAAAAGA